UGUGCAUACAAAUUUACAUGCAGUUUAUGUUAGUCUUGAAUUUCACACUUAAACUGGAAAGGAGAUUCUAAAAUGUUUCAGUUUUUACAUGAUUUAAGUUGAUUCUUUAAAAUGUAUGAAGACAAACAAAGGCCCCUUACAUCAACACUGAAAAGUUGUGAAUUGGUAAUUGAUGCAGCUUCAUCUCACUUGCCCCAUGUGGAGAGACUCUCAAAGGUUUGGGCCAGCUGGUCAUGUGACUCACAUCACCAGCCAAUUAGAGCGCAGGGCUCAGAUUUCAUUUGGUGAGGAGUCACUAAGCUCCACUGAGCUUUAGGAAAGGGAGGCUGACUCCUCUGCUUAGCCUCUGAAGUUUUCGGAUACGUUUAGCCCAUCCAAAGAUGGACUAAACAACACAUUAUGACCCGGCGACUUUGUUAUGGGAUGUUAAGGAGGCCAAUGUAAGAAGGGAGAAGGAAUUUGGGGAAUUCAUCACUCUACAGGCUCUUCCUGGAAGAACAGGGAGAUGGGGGCUGGAGCAAUAACCAUCUGUCACAACAAGGCAGCUGUUCAGAUCAAGGAGGACAUGAAGAGGAUGGUACAGCUGCCCGUGAUCAAACCCUCUCCGGCCACCGCCACAGUGGGGAAGAAAAUCUUCGGCAUGUCCCUGCUGGAGUUGAGAGAUCUGGGACUUGUCAAGGAUGGGGUUCCUGUGGUGGUCCGGAGUAUGGUGGAGUAUCUGGAAAAGCAUGGUCUUCGUCUGGAGGGUCUGUUCAGAGUGAACGGCAGCGUCCGGACGGUGGAUAACCUGCGGCAGAGGAUUGAUGGAGGAGAAGAGGUGGAUCUUCAUCAGGAUGCAGACGCCUUUGCUGUAGCCAGUUUACUGAAGCAGUUCUUGAGGGAUCUACCUGAAGGUCUCAUCCACCCCUCCAUCCACAAUCCUCUCAUUCACCUGUACCAGGAAUCCCGUGAGGGUGACUUCUGUAAGGACCUGCGUGAGCUCCUACUCCAGCUGCCAGAUAUCCACUACAGUCUCCUGCAUUACUUAUGUCACUUCCUGUCUCAGGUGGAACAGGAACAUGCACAUAACCGCAUGACCGCCACCAAUCUGGCCACUGUGUUUGGGCCCAACAUCUUCCAUGUGUCAUCUGGUUUUGAGGGUAUUCGGGAGCAGAAUAUCUGUAACAACAUUAUGGCCAAGCUGAUCCAGAACUACAGUGCCAUCUUUGAGUCUGUGGUGGAGAGAAGACCGAUCGAAGAAAAACCUUCAAACCUCAUCAUAGUCAAAGAGGCCUACACAAACACUGAAAACACAGAAACUUCAAAUUUCACUCCUUCUCCGAAGGCACACACUCCACAUGUCAAGAAGUUGAAGGUCACACAAUGCACUCCAGUUGAAAAUUCAAAUUAUUCAAGAGAAAAGGAGUCAAGUCCAGACAACCCCAUACCGACACCAAGAAAAAAGAAGGUCACUCAAUGCACUCCAGUGGACAAUACAAACCCGUCUAGAGAAAGCGAGUCUAGUCCAGACAAUCCUAUACCAACACCGAGAAAAAAGAAGGUGAAGAAGAUAAAGACAGAGGCUGUGCCGAGAUCUUUUCCUGAGCCGGCUCCCUCCGGUGAUCCUGUCUCCAUGCCUUUGCCCCAUCUUCCAGACAGAAGCUCGGGUGCUAGAGCUCAGGUUGCUCCACACACUCCAGACCGGAGCAUCAGCUCCAGCGCCGACGGCAUGAACCUGAGCCCUCGGACCGUGAGCCCUGCCAGAUCCACAGAGACCUUCAACAGUUUCCAAGAUGAAAGACCAAUAUCUCCUUUCUAUAUUAGCUCACAGAUCUCUCCCAGACACUGCAGACCUGAAUUAACAAAUUUUCUGGAGAAGACCAUUCGCUCAGCGGUCGAGCAACACCUCUUCACCUCACACAUGCACGCGGGUCAGAGUUCAGAGGGCUUGGGUCCGACUGCCCACUCUUCAUCUCCUGGGACAACAGCCCGAGAGAGGAGGAGACAUCUACGAGAACAAGAGGAGAACUUCAGGGUCGAGGGUGAUAAAGAGAACGUCCCGUCUCCGGGUGUGAGGGUCACAGAGGAGGGUGACAGGCGUCUGCUGCUGACGCCACACGAGGCUCAGAGGUACAGGAAGCCCAAACACAGUCCCACACUGACCGAGCACUCAGACAACCAGGACGCCCCCACCCCAAUGGAAUGCCAAGGACCUUGUACGGAAAAUAUGGCGUCAGCUGAUUACAGGAGGAACCAUCAAAAGGACAAUGGCUUGCAUUCUAUUCAGACGCCUGCCAUGAAGAUCCAGGAGGCUCUUAGUGGCGCAGAGCCGUGUGACGAUGUCCCUCGACUGGACCUGUCUACUCUGACGGACGACAGUAAUUGGGCAGAUUCUCACUUCUUUAGUGGCUCUUUCCUUGACUUUAAAAGCCUUUUAAAAUCAAGUCACAAUGAGGAACCAGUCCCGGCCUACUCGUCGUGGCAAAGGGAGAGUAUGGACCGCGAAGAAGCUCGUCUGUCACCUCACGCUGGUGGGAAGUUGAUUCGCCAGCUCCUGGAGGAGGACAGCGACCCAAUGGUCUCGCCACGGUUCUACGCUUAUGGAGACGGCCAGCAGUAUCUGGAUGACACUGAGGUUCCUCCAUCUCCACCCAAUGCCCACUCCUUUGUCAGUAGGCGAAGAAGUUCAUCAUUAGGCUCCUGCGACGAUGACCGGGAAGAGCUCACUUCAGCCCAGCUUUCAAAGCGGAUCCAUGUACUCAAGAAGAAGAUCAGGAGGUUUGAGGAGAAGUUUGAGGAGGAGCGUAAAUACAGGCCUUCACACAGCGACAAAGCCGCCAAUCCAGAGGUUCUGCGGUGGAUGAAUGAGCUGGCCAAGAUGCGCAAAGAUUUAAAAGAUCACAAGUUGCUAAAGUCAGAAGAGGAUUUGACGCCCAUCCCCCGCCAGCGCAGCAACACUCUUCCCAAGAGCUUCGGAUCUCAGCUGGAGAAGAAACCCACUGAGACCAAAGCCCCCAAACCCCCUGUGGAGAGCACGCUAGAGGCAGUUAUGAACAAACUGCAGGAGAAACGCAAGGACGCUGGCCGACCUGAAGACAUUAAGGACAUGACCCGUGAGCAGAUAGGAGCAGAAAAAGUGGCCCUUCAGAAAGCUCUAUUAUAUUACGAGAGCAUCCAUGGCAGACCAAUCACCAAGAACGAGAGGCAGGUCAUGAAGCCUCUAUACGAUCGGUACCGACUCAUCAAACAGAUCCUCUGCAGAGCGUCUGCCAUUCCAGUCAUUGGCUCGCCUUCCAGCAAGCGCAGAGGCCCCCUGCUGCAGCCCAUUAUCGAGGGUGUACCAGCCCUAUUCUUCAGCGACACCAAGGAGGAGGAGGACGGCUCGGACGAUGACAACGACACCAGGACACAGUUCACGGUCAUGGUUAAGCCGGAACUGAGCAUGCUGGGACUUCUCGACCAGCUGGAUGAGGACACAGAUGGUUUCAUCUCGCCUGUUGAUGAACUCUCGCCCUCCAAGAACACCACUGACAUGAGAUUGUCCAAUCUGCAUGCUGCUACCAUGCAGGAACUUGUGGAGCAACUCCAGGAAGCCCGUGAAGAAAAGAAAAGAAUCCGCAAAAACCUCCGUGAUUUUGAGGAUCAGUUCUUCAAACAGAACGGCAGAAACGUGCAAAAGGAAGAUCGCUCACCCUUGGCUGGAGAAUACAAUGAAUACAAGCACAUUAAAGCCAAGCUACGGCUGUUGGAAGUGCUCAUCAGUAAAAGAGACUCCUCGAAGUUCAUCUAGUGCUCAGCUGGGAUUUACUCUACUAGCCAAACAAGGACCAGCCACUGCUAUCCAAAGCAAUAUAGUGUGUACAAAGACAUGUUCCUCUGUUAUUGACUCAUUACAGGCACAUAUGGCUUUGAAGGACACCAAGACUUGCCUGGUUCACCAGAUGUACAGUGCUGUUUGUUCCACUAUACAGCAAAAGGACUUGUGUUCUGCUUUGGACUUACGAUUAUUAUUAUUUUUAUUUUUUUGCGUCUGCUAUGAGACCGUGGAUUUCAGAAUACAAUUAGAUUACUUGUGAAUCUCUGAUCUUAAUUCCCUUUGAAGCCCGGAAGAAUGUUUCUGUUAUAUUUGGUGUUGUAUUAUACGACAGUUCGUUUCGAUUUUUAGCUUUUUUCUAUAUUAAUAUCGCUGUAAUAUAGAAACAACUGUGUUUUCGCAAUCAGACAUAAGCUUUGAAGAACAUUGAGAUAAUGCGUCUUAAAUCAUCGGUGUAUAUACUUCGAGAUGAGGAGAGUAUAUCAAUAUAGGAACGUUUCGUAUUUGAUGAUUUGGAGAAGGUAACCGAUUUGUGGAAGGAAAGCUCUCUGUAUAUUCUUUUUCGUUAUUUACUGGUGCCAUAAUUCUUUUUUUUUGAACAUUAAUGCUUCUGAGAAAAUGUAUUAUUUGUAUAUGUUCAUCGUUAAUCACAUUUCUUUCUCCCCCCACUAAGACCAUUGACUAAGCUAGAGUUUACUUUACAAAAGAAAAGAAAAAAAGCAAAUGAACAACCGUAAGAAAAAAGAAAUCUGUUGCCAUUUUCUAAUGGUGUAGAAACGCACAAAGGUACUAUAACUCAGCUUUCAUUGUUAUUUUUGUAGUGUUUUUUUGUACUCCAGUGUCUAUCUAGUCAUCAAAUGAAACUCGCUGUUUAACAGUGAUGUGGGUGGAUUGAAUCCCCUCAAAAGCGUCUCUAUUGUUAGCGCGCAAUAGAAAGCAAAACUGUGGGGCCUCACUGAGCGUUUGCGCCUCAAAUGCAGAUACAAACAGAGUGAGCACAUCACCCCCUUCUCUUAUUCUCCAGAUUGGAAAAUUGUAGUGUGACCUUUGUUUUUACGGAACGUGACAAGGCUGAUGGAUAAAGAUGAAUACUGUGUGUACAUUUUAGUACAUGAUUGUAUUUGUAUUUUGUAUAUAUUAUAUAAAAAAAACAAACUAUUUUUUCUGAA